AUGCUCCCUGAACCCGUAUUUGCUAACAUGGCCUUAGUAUUACUGGAAAAAGAACUCCAAUGCCAAAUCAAGGCCGCUCUAGACCAAGAUGAAUCACUGGAGGAAAUACUACAAUUCCUCCAAAACAAGUCAAAGGCACCUCUGUCCAUCAAACGCGCUUUUAAGGACUAUCAGAUGGAAGCAGGACUCCUCUUUUACCAAGGGAGAAUUGUGGUCCCGGACGUAGGAAGCUUACAAACAGAGUUACUAAGGAUCUUCCAUGACAGCCCCCUGGCUGGUCACCUGGGUAGACAACACACACUGGAACUAGUCUCAAGGAACUAUUACUGGCCCAGGAUCCAUGCUGAUACAUACUGGCAUGUGGAUUCCUGCAAAACAUGUCAACAGAUUAGGAAGCCAAAAUACUCAUCCAUUCCCCCACAGCUGCUGGAACUCCCUAGCCAACCUUGGCAACACGUGUCCUAUGACAUGAUUGUAGAUCUGCCCAAAGAUGGUGACAGCAACUCCAUCCUAGUCAUUGUGGAUAGCUUCACCAAAUACAUCAUCUUGGUGGAAUGUUCCAAAAACUCAAAGCUCCCAAACUAG